AUAUUACAUUGUGUGCACCGAGUUAAAUGGACACAUCCGGUUGCUAGCUGAGGUGUAGCUUAUUGCUCAGAGCGUGGAGGAGAGACAGGAUAUUUGUGUUUCCCAUUACGGUACAAUGAUACGGCCCACCGUCCCAUUACAACAGCUGGCCCUUCUGUGGACACUCCGCUACUCUGUGGAUACUUUCUUUUCUGCUCAAGACGCAACCAAUCUGUCUUAAAACCUAGAAGAGGCUUGACAUGCACUCCUCACCCCCCAUGACAGCGCCAUGCCAAAGGCAACUGAAUCCAACUGUACUAGAGGAUCACUGUUGACCCAGAACUGACUACUAUGUUUAUCAUAGAAUGAGUAGCUGAUAAAUCAAGAGGGAACCGAGGAACACCUAAAGAUCACACGCCUAAAGGCCAUCCUAGCAUUAGGUCGUCGAGAACCUGACGAUGACCAGUCUGUUCCGACGAAGCAGUAGUAAUGGGGGAUCAAGAAGCAGUGGCGGUAGUGAUGGACAGGGCGAGCUUAACAAUAGCAGACCCAACCGCCAGGUACGCCGCCUGGAGUUCAACCAGGCCAUGGAGGACUUCAAGAUCAUGUUCCCCACAAUGGACUAUGAGGUCAUCGAGUGUGUGCUACGUUCCAAUAACGGAGCUGUGGAUGCCACCAUUGACCAGCUUCUCCAGAUGAGCAUUGAUGGACAGGCUUCAGAUGAUAGCACUGACUCUGAUGACAGUAUCCCGCCGGAGAUUCUGGAGCGAACGCUUGAACCAGACAGUUCAGAUGAGGAACCACCUCCAAUUUACUCACCUCCUACAUAUGACAUGCACAUUUUUGACAGAAAAUACCCAGAAGCUCCUCCGACACCCCCACUAAGAUUUGAAGCCCAGCCACUUUCAGAUCACAAGAAGGUCAAAAGCUUCCGGAACUGGAACCCUCCAUUGCUUGGAAAUCUCCCAGAUGAUUUCCUGAGAAUCCUUCCUCAACAAUUAGAAUGUAUAAAGAGUACUCAGGCCAAUAUCUCCCAGCUUGGAUCCACACCAUCCUCAUCUUCAGUCUCUUCGAGUCAUUGGACAACCCGGUCAAGUUCUCAAUCUGGAGCUGCAGGCACAACUGGCCGUCCAGAUCUGACGGCAGUAGCAACAGAGCAAGACAAGAAACUGAAGCAGUAUCUGGAAGACGAGCGUAUUGCCCUUUUUCUACAGAACGAGGAGUUCAUGAGAGAACUGCAGCGAAACCGAGAGUUUCUUGUUGCCUUAGAGAGAGAUCGCUUGAAAUACGAAUCAAAGAGAUCAAAGUGCAGUCAUUCAUCGAGCUCGGAGAAUUGCACAGAAUCUUUCUCUGCACCUUCACCGGAGGCUGUGUCAGAAGACGCGCUGUUUAGAGACAAACUCAAACAUAUGGGCAAAUCGACAAGAAAGAAGCUUUUUGAAAUUGCCAAAACAUUUUCAGAAAAGACAAAAAGAAGGAAGUCGAAAAGGAGAACACUUCUGAAGCAUCAUUCAUUGGGCACUGCUCAUUCCACAGCCAAUCUUCUUGACGAUGUGGAAGGAAACCCCUGUGAGGAAGAAUGUCAAUCGAGAAGAGCGGCCACUCAGGAAGAAAAUGAGCAACGCAGUGAGCCAGAUUCAUGAUCCUCCCAUGCUCCACCAUAUCAUAGUGACAGUGGCGCGGCACGUUGGUCGUGGCGUCGAAGCUCUUCCUGUCCAACUCCAUCCAGCCCCCACCCUGUAACCAGGCAAUGCAAAACUUGCAAAAGACGCCGAUUGCUUCUUUCUAAGUCAAAGACCUGGAUUCGCAACAGAUUUGGACUGUUAGUCACUACAUUAUUUCUGUAUUACAGUAAUGUGUUGUUAUACCGUUUUAAUUGCAGAAGGAAAAUUGUGUGUACUUACUCUGAUUAUUUUUUUUUAAAUCCGUCCUCAAAACCUCUUCUUCGGGGUUAACUAGCUACCGCAUUGCAACGGUGUUGCCUUUGUUACUUUCCCCUGUAGAGUAGCGUAUUUUGUUUGUGAUUAAGCAUCCUCAGGUUGGGCAUUUUCAAUCCAAGACAUGGAAAGUGCCACUUUAUAUACAUAAUACACAACUAAAUAGUUUUUCCUAUAUUAGCUCUUUUUUUGUCACCAUCUGAGGGCGGCGUUGCAGAAAUAUAUUUUUAUGCAUCCAAACAUUGCAGCCAUUAAAGCUGAAACUGCCCAGAAGUCCACACUGAACCCUGGCAACAAGUUCAUCACUUAAACAUCAUCAGGACCAAGGAUGAGUAGGGUGCUUAUGAUUUCUCAAUUUUUUUUUUGAAUUUGUAACUGCAAAAAAAGGCAUGUUGAAUUUUUCAGCCAAUUUUGUGUGUGUGUGUCAUUUUUAUUUUUAAAUCUUGUGACAGGUUUACACCUGCAUACUCCUGUCAUGAAUCAGUUUUGACAUUGUGAUCUCUGUUAAUAGAC